AUGUUGUUUUAUUCGAUAUCAUCACUAGGCUUGUCUGAUGGGUGGGCGCAACGAAGCCUGCGAGUUGGGGAGGGAGAGAGGGUUGGACAUUCUCCUACCACAAUUCGAAAAGCGGCCAUGCUUGUUCGUUCUAUCGUUUUAACUCUCUUCAUCUCUUUUCUUGUCAUCGAUGCUGCUGUUCCCAGGUUGCGACCUGCCAAGAAAGCGAUGAGGAACUCACUGGUACGCUUUGGAAAGCGAGCUGAUUUGUCUGACACAGUAUUCUUAGGAGAAUCGUUUGGACCCGUUGACACAGAUGGGCUCUAUUUUGAGCGAACACAACCGCAGAAUUACGCUCAAUUCCCGUACUACUAA